UCAGGGCUGCGCUGUGAAUGACGACCGCGCUCUACUGUAAAAAAAGAAAGAAGAAAGAAGAGUGAGAAAAGAGCUAGAGCGUCAGACAAAUAUCGUCAUCACUACGCAAAGCAGGCUGUGGCUUUUAUUCCAGCGGAAAAUAAUAGCUGGCGAGUGAAGGGAGGACAGACAUCACGCGGGCUGCACGAGCAGUCAGAAGUCAGAUUACACCCAAUGGACAUGAAAAAGAGAAAUGUGACAGUUUGUUUCAGUUUUAACUUGACCCUGGUGGAGAUACAUAUAUAUGAAUAAUGGACACAUGAAUCACUGCACUACCGGACCCCAACUGUGCUUUAUAUUUUAAUUAAAUGCAGAAGAAUUAUACAUUAUAAUUUUUUGGACGGGAUACAACAGAAAUCUCGUCGAGGUUGCCCGACACCCCUCAAUCCGUUCGAACAAAUGCUGCCGUGCUUGCGAAGCGUCCUGCGGCCGAGCGUCGCUCUGAGGGCGGGCGCGCUGUUUGGGCGCGUCCGCGGAAAGAGCCCGUGUGCUGCGCUGCUGCUGACGAGGGUGCACGCAUGUGGUUUGGGUACGCACCCGCACAAUGAGCCCAUGGAGCCCUUGAACUCGCCGCAGGGCGCGAGAGACUUCAUCUACAGCCUUCAUCCCACUGAACGCACAUGCCUGCUUCGAGAACUGCACAAAUUUGAGUCUAUGGCCAUAGCUCAAGAGCAAAUGGAGAUGGCACCACCAACAGCUGCACAGUUGAGAUAUGUAUUGUUCCAUAACGCCAUUCCAUUUAUUGGGUUUGGGUUCCUGGAUAAUGCCAUCAUGAUAGUUGCAGGUACCCAGAUUGAAUUAUCUAUAGGAGUAAUAUUGGGGAUCUCAACUAUGGCUGCUGCUGCUCUUGGAAACCUUGUAUCGGACUUGGCUGGACUUGGUCUUGCAGGUUAUGUGGAAGUGCUGGCCUGUAGGCUGGGGAUGCAGAUUCCUGAUUUGAGUCCCAAGCAAGUAGAUAUGUGGCAGACCAGAGUUAGUUCUCACACCGGCAAAGCCAUCGGCGUGGGGAUUGGCUGCAUACUAGGCAUGUUCCCACUACUUUUCUAAAAAGACGAUGAAGAGAAAGCAAAAAAAGAAGGAGAAGAAGCUCAACCCAUUUCUAAGGACACUAAACGUGUGUUAGCAGCCUCUCUAUAGGGCAUCUGAUGUAAAGAAUGACUCGCCUGGAAAACAAAAGUAUCCCAGUCGGACUCCUUGUGCCAUCAGCUACAGCACACACUUUGAUUAAACUAAAGUGCAUGAGGUUUUAUCAUUUUUUUUUUGUUGUGUUGAAACCCCCCCACAGUGGUGCACAAAUCAAACAUUUAUUUCAAACACACAGACAGAAAUGAGAGUGUGCAUCGUUCUCAACCAUAAUAGCUGCCUCCAACACUGUUGUAAGGGGUUCGUGUUUUUUUUAUUUUGAUGUAGUUUUAUUUCACUCCUAUUAGAAGUGUAAAGUUAAGAGACCACAGUACAAAUAGCUAGACCUCUUUCUUAUUAACUUGACCCAGUCCCCAUUCAUGCACCAGUGAUGCACAUUUAUUCAGGCCAUGGAGGCCUACGUGCUGCUUAUUUAAUGUUAAAUACUUAUGAAGCCUGAUAAGAGUGCACAACAGUUUUUUUUGUGCAGUGCUAUAUUUAGUUGAUGGCUUACUCUUCUUUAUUGUGAAGAUGAUCUUAUAUAUAGAAUUUCAGAAUCUCGCAGUCCUAACCAGGCAAACAGUAUGGAAUGAUAUUUGUGCCACUUUGAAUUGAAAAUGUUUACUUGAAACUGAAUAUGCCAUUUUGAACUGGAAUUAAUCCAAACUUGAAAUUCAAAUGUACAUGACAUGAAUUCAGAUUAUCAAAUCAGUAAUUCCCAGAAGGCUAUGUCACAUUUACCCAAAUCUGAAAGUAAAACCUGAAGUGUACCAACGGAAAUGUUGUAACCUGAGUCAGAGUAUUAAAAUGUUGAAUCUGAAUUUUAAGAUCUGAAUUAGUUCCACCUACAUUUGAAUUUAAGAUUUGAAGUAAUUCAAGUCGAAUAUUCAAUUUAAAGUAAACAUUUUCAAAUUAAAGUCUUAAAAUUUUAAUUCAAAUGCGAGUGGCACAAAUAUCAUUCCAUAAAUUCUGUCCACAGUGAAAGCAAAAAUGCAGUGUGAUGCAACACAAUUACAGCCAAUCAGAAAAUAGCUUAUGUUUAAUAUACAGGAGCAGGAUUUUAGACCAAUGAGAUUUAACUGUGGGCGGGACUACCCAAGGCAAAGCUACAGAGAUCCAACAACCAACCAAAUCUCCUGUUGCUUGUCACUUUAUUGAGUCAUGUCUGGUUAGGACACGGUGUUACUAGGACACUUGUAGGACAGGAAAUAAGAAUCAUUUUAUAAUAGUGCUUGAAUCUAACACUAUACUGAUUUUAAAUGAAAGUCUGUUGUCAUUUGUUGAGGUACAGUUACUGAAGUGCAAUUGAAGUAACCACAUAAACCUUGCAAUAUAUUUUACUUUCAGAACAAAUGAAACAAUAGGACAUUUUUUAUUUUCUUCAACUUGCUUAACUAAGCAUUAGAUUAAGGUUGGAAAUGGAAGAAAAUGUGCUUCCUGCUCUUGCCACCAGAUGGCAGCAUUGAAUCGAGUUUCAGAAUUGUGGUUGAGGUAUAUGACCAACAAAAAAGAAAACGCUUUAACAUGGCAAAAUCCAAGCAAAAGUUGUAUCGUAAGUACUGUUGUGGGAAUUGUUGAAUUGUUAUGUGCCUUAUUGCAUGUAAAGUCAGCAGUUGCUAUUAAUGUGAUUGGAAAUGUCAUCUGAAUGUCUUUUAUCUUGAGUAAUGCUCACUGAUUUUACAGACCCGUGACACAUUUUAACCCACAAGCUAAAACACAAGAAAUAACUGCUGCAUUAUUUAUUUCAAGUAUUUUUCAUCUCUAUAGUCCAGAACAAUAUUUGCACAUAUUUUGUGCAAAAUGUAAUCUACAUUAUGCAUUUCUCAUGCUCUUUGUGUUUUUUGUGUUAUCUGGUUGGUUGGUUUGUAGUUUUUUUUUCUUUCUUCAAAGUUAAUGCUUUAAAGUCAACCUGAAGCAGCAUUCGCAAACUUCACAACCCACUUUACUUCCAUAACGUGAUGUCAUUCCAAAAGCAGGUUAUUUAAUGGGGGGAAAUGUAGGAUGUGACUUAAUUUCAUUGAUGGGGAAUUAAUUGGAUUGUGAGAAGUGUCAUUAAAUGACAGUUUGUUACAGAGGUUUGAAAAAACAAGAAGGAUUAGUUAUGUCAGUCGAAAGGUUAUUGCAUGUAUUAAGAAAAUAAAUAGGGUCAAUUCUAAUUUCACAUAAAUUCAGUCUAGUCUAAAUGAUCCAUUUUAAGUAGUUUUUUAUUAUUAUUAUUAUUAUUAUCCUACAGUACAUUUUAGUCUAUUAUGACUUGAGCAAAUUCAACAUAUAACAGGAAGGAAUCAAAGCAUGCCUUAAAGGAGCAUUCUGUUACUGCACACAGAACAUUACUUAAGAUUCUAGAUCAGCCAUUUCCCGUAACCAUGGAAACUGUCCGUCUCUUCAAUAGAGAGGCUCAGUGCUGUGCUCUGUAGAACAGGGUGGCCUAAAUAUAAUCUUGGUCAUUUCAUGAAAUUCAAUGGCGAUCAAGUUUAAGCAAGCACAAACUAAAGCAAGCAUGACAAACAUGUGCAUGUAUAGUUCUCAGUUGUGAAGUCAAAGAUCAAUUAGAUUAUACAGUAAGAGAUUAAACUUAAAGUGUCAAUUUGUCCUAUAAUGAUGAUAGUGAUGUAAUUUGAGUCCCUAACGGCUCUUUUGACUAUGUAUUACAAUGGAAACAAAAAUGAUUGAUGGAAGGAGAUAUUUUAUACAUGCAUGCAUUUCAAAUGAAUUAUUUAUGUCUUUAAGAAAUAGUGGAAAGUAGUCAUUUGAAACAAUCAUUGUUCAAUGUUAUUUGUUCAAAAUUUGUUUAUUGUUCAAACUUACUCGCAUGCUGUUAUGAGAACUUUAUGUUGCACUGAAUAAAUCAACAUCAUGUCCAUAUAGUAUGCAUAAGGAAACUGAUUAACUGAACAAAACUGAUAUUUUCUUAAAAUGUAAAAACAUACCUCAAUAAUUAGAGUGAGUGAAGUCUUCCCUUUUGCGUCUGCUUCCAUUUUCUGACUGCAUGUCUGCUUAUUACAAUGAUUUUACAACAGGAAGCCACUGACAUUUAUUUAACUAACAUUAAAGGUAUAGUUCACCCAAAAAAUGAACAUUCUCUCAUCAUUUACUCACCCUCGUGCCAUCCCAGAUGUGU